AUACCUCUAUGUCUCUCUCAGCAGGGUGCACCACGGUAUCCUGCCGCUCCGGUGCUCCCCAUUCCCCACUACCUCUUUCUAUCCCUAAUCCAUUAAAAACCAAAACACCCUUUUUCUGCUUUCAAAGCACACAAUCAUCAUAUCUCACAAUGCCUUCAAAGCUCUCCGAAGACUUCCAAGCCCCUGUCCACCUCAAGCAUCAAGACUUCACCUCUCUCCAAGAACUCCCUGACUCCUUCGCGUGGACUCAACGCAACGAUGAUGACUCCCACUACCCCUCCAUCGGCGACUCCAUCUCCGAACAUGUUCCGGUCAUCGAUCUUUUCGAUCCUAAUGCUCUUCAACUCAUUGGCCGUGCAUGCAAAACUUGGGGCGUCUUCCAAGUAACAAACCAUGGCGUUCCUUCCACCCUCUUCGACAACAUGGAGUACAUUACCAAAACCCUCUUCUCUUUACCAGUCCAGCAGAAGCUCAAAGCUUCAAGAUCACCAGACAGUGUUACCGGCUAUGGCGUUGCCAGAAUUUCUUCAUUCUUUCCCAAGCAGAUGUGGUCUGAGGGAUUCACCAUUGUUGGAUCACCUGUCGAACAUUUUCGCGAACUUUGGCCCGAUGAUUACAGCAAAUACUGUGAUGGGAUUAAGGAAUACGAGGAAGAAAUGAAAAAACUGGCAGGGAGAAUUAUGUGGCUGACAUUAGGUUCAUUGGGCGUAACCAAGGAAGAUAUUAAAUGGGCCGGGCCGAAAGGUGACUUCCAGGAUAGUUCUGCAGCCUUACAACUGAACCACUACCCGGCUUGUCCAGACCCGGACCGAGCCAUGGGUCUUGCACCGCAUACCGACUCAACCCUCUUCACCAUCCUUUACCAAAACAACACCAGUGGGUUGCAGGUCAUGAAAGAGGGAGCCGGUUGGGUCACCGUACCUCCAGUCCCGGGCCGGCUUGUGAUCAACGUGGGUGACCUACUCCACAUACUAUCAAACGGUUUAUACCGGAGCGUGCUUCACCGGGUCAAGGUGAACCGUAGCCGUCAACGGAUCUCCGUCGCCUACUUGUAUGGGCCACCGUCUAAUGUCAAAAUUGCGCCACUGUCCAAACUAGUUGGACCGAGUGAGCCUCCUCUAUACCGGUCCGUUACUUGGAAUGAAUAUCUUGGCACCAAAGCCAAGCAUUUCAACAAGGCACUUUCCUCAUUUAGGAUAUGUGCUCCUCUAAAUGUAACAGUGUAGCAGUGUGACACUAAAUUGAGGCGGAGGGAGCACAAAAAAAACCAGAUUCUUAGAUACGAGUAAGUGAAUAAAAUAAUGAAUAAGUGACUUUCUU